CAACCUCUCUACGUGCCUGUCAAAUAACAUUAAUUUCAAGGUUAUGUUUUGUGCUUUUUUGUUUUCCGGCGUCCUUUCUUCAAGGAGCAUCUUUAUAUUUUUCGUAUGAUAAAAAGACUCUCAAUAAAUCAUCGAAUUAAUGAUGACGAGUACAGCAAUGUUCCCUCCGCCAAAAGUGGAUACUGCAGAUGCAUCCAGCGAAACAGUAGAGGAAGUUUUUACAGCAGUGCCGACAAAUGCCACAACAGUAGUUAGAGUACCUGUGAAACAUGCCAACUUAGGAAUACGAAGUCAUGCAAUGGAUAUGAGUACUAUGGUUGAAUUAACGUCGUUCAGCACACUUGGAAAGAUUCAACCAUUUUUAGUUACCAUAUCAACAAGCGCAGCUGUCGUCGUUGACCUCCAUUGCCACCUCAUGGACAAAGAAGUUUGCGGCUAUCUCGGUGGCCAUUGGGAUAUUAAUGCUCAUAAUCUGGCGAUCACAAGUGCAUUUCCUUGUCGUUAUGCAGGCAAGGACAAAACGUCAGCAAAUAUGGUUGAAGCUGAAAUAUCAAAAGCUAUGGAAUGGCAGAGAGUCACUUUGGUUGGCUGGUACCAUUCUCAUCCACGUUCUCACGCUUCCCCAUCGUUGCGAGAUGUUGAUUCCCAAUUAGAUUAUCAAAUUAGAAUGAAAGGGCCCAGUGACAAUGGUUAUACACCUUGCAUUGGUUUAAUUUGUUCACCUUAUAACGCCGAUGGCAAUUGCUAUGAAUCGAAUUUUAACGUUUUCUGGUCAAUGCCACCGCCUGAAAAUCGACCUCACGAGUACCCACGUCCUAUGCUUCUAAGUUACACAUUAGCACAAGAACCCUUUAUAUCUCAAGACGGGCUCGACGAAAUCAAAAAAUGUAUUGAUUACUACAGGAGCGAGGGUGGCAUUGAUUUUCGAACAAAUUUUAAUCCAACAACUACUUAUUUGGAGAGACUUAAGAAUUCUUUAGCAUCUAAACUUCCUGGGCCAAAUCGUACGAACGGUUCGUACUGGGAUAUAAUCCGAGAAAUGAUAUGUCCCGGCCUAGAGCCUCCGGAACCACCACCGGAGGGUUUCGUAGCGGUGCAAUUUCCACAAUUGGGUAUAUCGGAAGCGAUGGCCCAAGCCGGGGGCGUUCUUCCUCCAAAUAACGUGUUCCUUGCUCCUGUGAAUUUCAAACCUGAAAAUGCGAUGGUUGCAUCGGUGGCAAAACCGUUUGGGAUUCAGCCGUCGACGUCGACGCAAAACAAUUGCAACAAAAAAGAAAUUACCGAGGUGACGGCGAGCAGUCCUUUACAAAUGAAGGAUUCUCGAGGGUGCAUGGGAAAGAUGAAUCGUCCGGAAAUAAUUCCAACCUUCCGUUCAGGAGAAUUGACGGUCUCGGUGAAAAAUGCAAAAAUGGAUUUCGAACCGUCGCCAACAGAUUUUACAAAACUGGCGACACCUCUGACCGCCGAAGCAUUGAACAAUAUGCGUUCGAAUUUACCAGCUGAUUUUCCAUUGGCCGAUCUUUCCCAGCCGAUAACCGGUAUCCCGGAUUUAAGCAAACUGACGAGCUUCACACCCGCUGAUUUGGCCAAACUGUCUGGUUUCUCUUUGAGUGAAUUCACGAAAGCUUCUUCGACGGCGUACGCCCGUAACAUCGCCAAUCUUUUCGGUCCAAUCGGCAAAUGUCCACCGACUGACUUGACGAUAUGCAACGAGCGUAAAAUGAGCGAAUUCAUAUCUGAACCAUCGAUGCCAAGUAAUUAUUCAAGCUCCCAACCGACGGAAAUGACGGGCAGAUCGGAAGAUAUGACGAUGAACAGUAACAAAAAGGGAAUGGACGGGAGCUUGGAGCUAACCAAACCAAAUCGUCCGACGACCGAUUUUACUACCGCCGAAGAACUCUCGAUAUCGAGCGUUCGACCAGAUUUCGGCGCUAUGCUGGACAUGACGACGAACUUGAAAAAACAACAGCAGUCACAGAUGCUCAAUGAUUCUGGAGAAUCUCUGAACCUUUCUAAGGAUCGACAGUAAUGAUAGCAGGAACAUCCGGCAAGACAAGGGUGAGGCUAGAAAAAUUGUUUUUCUUCAAAGUCUGAAGGACCUUUGUCAAGGAUCUGUGAGCGACCUUGAGGAAGGAUCGGGGAUAGGAUCGACGACCCGAAGUGAGUGUUGCAGGAGUACAAAGAGGGCGAGAGAGAGAUAGAGAGAGAGAGAGAAGGAGACGAAAACUUGAGGACGCAGCCAAGUUGUCUUUUUCACGACGUAACGCAUCGGAGAGAAAGAUAGAGUAGAAUUUUUCACCUGACGUCACGUUCGCAUCGAGAUACGUGACUGUGAGUUGGAAGGGUUUUUUUUAUUCGUCUCCAUAUACGCUUGUGUUAUUCGCAGGGACAGAGCGAGGGAGGGAGAGAGAAAGAAAAGUAUCGAGUUGGCGGGAGAGCGGUUUGUAGAGAGAGAUUCGAGCCUGAAGUCUUCGUGGGUUCCUUCAAGGAGGCAAGAGAAAGAGUGUAAGAAAGAGAGAGGGAGAGCCGCGAGGCCUCGAGCGAGUCGCGAGAGGCUCUUGUGAAAGUAACGUGGGUACGCGGGAAUAUACGAAGAAAUACAACCAAGAGAGAAAGAGGGAGAGAGAUAGAGAGAGUAUAGUAGUAAUAAACUUAGAGGAAGGAGGAGGAGGAGGAGGAGGGGGAGAGUUUUAAAAAGUUUGCCUUCUACUCGUUGUGCUGGAUCGGACAGUCGUGUUUUAACUUCGUCCUCCUCCUCCACGGCUUUCACCUCGGCGGCUUUCUUGUGACUGCCGUUUUAAACAAGAAAGGAGCAUAAAAAAAACUUCGCGUUUUUCGCUGUCAAAGGAUUAGUUUGACAAACGAUUGACAAAGCAACGAACAUGGUGUCGCCCUUUUCAUUCCGUUUAUAAAUGGCUUUUGUGACAAAGGUGAUUACGAUUAGUGCAAAACUACCCUCGAGGAAUACACGUGAAAUAAGCAGGAGUGAAAACGAAGCGAUUCGCAGGGGGGUCGCUAUGACCCCUUGAUUCGAAUUUUUAUAUUCUCCUGGGCUCUCUCGCACUCUUAAUUCCAACACACACACACACACAUUGGAAAGAGAGAGCGAGAGAAAGAGAGAAAGCAACCGUAACAGCAGGUAAGCAAACCUCGGAUUUUCUUUCACGUGUGUCAGCCCCACUUGAACGUGAAUAACGAUCAAAACCACCACUAGCAACGGAUAUCAAUCGAGGACAAAUUUAAAACUCUCGUUUCACCGUUAUCCGAACAUCGAAUUCUAUCAUGUUUUUUCUUUCUUUCGUCGAUCCAACUGCGUUUCAAAUACCGAUCGACUUAAAAGUCAAUGCGAGAAUCAAGUAUUAUUAUGAAGAAGCGUGACUGGAAAAGGGGGAAAUAUGUAAUGAAAUUCGCAUCGUUUUAAUGCCCUAAUGAAUUCCUUUAUUAUUGUGUCUUCGGUUUUGAGCAUAUGUAGGAUAAGAAAAAGUUUCAUCUUUUUAACCUUUCCCCCCCAAGCCCUGUAAUCGCAGUAAAACUUCGAGAAUUUACUGGAGAAAUAACAAAUCAAUAUUGAGGUCAAUCAUUUUUUUUUGGACUAUGCAGAAGUCUAACUUUACUUUUUCAACGAGAAAACAUAAUCAGUUUGAAGAAUUUACGAAUCUUCAUAACUUGACAAAUUGUAAAUGAAUAGUAAUAUUAAUAAAUUUCAGUGCAAUUACACUUAAAAAUUUCAAUUCUCAAAGACCCCGGAGAAAUCGGUGUCGAGCCAAAAUGAAAAAUUCCCGAAAUUUCUAUCAAUUGACAAACAGCCACGAAGUAAUAGACCAAUAACGAUCAUCGCAUUCGAAUGAUGCAAGUUUUUAUAGAAUAAAUAUUGUACGAAUAUUGAAAUCUUCGUAAAGCAGAAUUUGUCGAAUAAACUGAUUAAAAAUUGUAAGAUUUUUUGCGAAAAUCUGCGAAUGCGAUAUUCGCAUUGAGAUUUCUUGUGUUUUUUAUAUGAAUGUUUGUCUGUUUUUUUUUUCCUUUUUUUUUUUAUAUUAUCAAUGUGUGAGAAUGAUCGCGUGAAUAGUACGACCCCAAUUACACGAUCAACUUAUUUAUGGUAUCGCGAAAGAAAGCGUGCGAAUUGUUUCGAUAAAAAAUAGUCUUUGUACUCGUA